AUGCAAAACUUGGUCACGGUACUUGGCUAAUUAUUUGAAAAAUAUGCCGACUGACACUGUUCACAAUGUCUGCCAAAAAAUCCCAAUGCAAAAACCAAACGGUCCUUUCUGUAUACCUCGUAUUUCUCAGAGAACACCGAGUAGGUAGGAAUGCUAUCAUCCAGCUUGGAUUCACAACCAAAAAUGAUGUCUGGCUGGUGUUGUGUUACUGCAGCUCCGAACUUUAGUUUGCUGUUUUCCCCUUUGAGCCCAUUGCAGUUAAUUUGCAGACCAAGUUACUUUUUCUUCUCCGUGUUUCUGCUUGGCUUGGAUUUAGAUGGCGUUGAAGUAUGAAUUGGUCUCUCAUUACGAGGCACAGGUGAAUUUGUGGAGUAGACGGUCCCAGAACGAUCUGGUGUCUGUAUUGUGUCAAACAAGUUGGAUGAAUCGACAAUGGAAACAGAAGUUGGCGCAGAUGAUGAAACGUUUUGGGAGUCACAUCCGCAUUGCCAUGGCAAUUUACUGUCUUCACAUAGGUUUCUGUAACGUUUCUGUAACGUUUAUCUGAUAUUCUCAUGCAAGCACAGUGAAACCAGGCACUGCAAUGGUCACCUGCAACGGCGUGAUGAUGGUCGAGCACUUUCUGGUUGCACCUGCCACAAGGAUAGAGUAGUGAUGCAGAGGGUAAUGGAAGGACUUCGGUAGAAGGAUCACCAUUACUGCGUGCAGAUAUUUGGGAUAAAGACAAAGACACCAUGUCACAUAGCAAGGGCAACACCAGCAUUGAACUGAUCAAAGAAAAGAUGAAAGAAAAGCGACGAAAGAAAGCUCUGAAUGACAGUAAUACAUCGUGGUCCAGGUCAUUCUCAAAACGUAAAGGAACAACUGCAUCAAUCAUCCUGAUCGCCAGGUUGCGUUCUAACCUGGCUGCUUCCAAACGCGAUGCUCAGCAGGCUCGUCAGAAUAUCUUGGAGCUGCAGCGAGAGAGACAGUUUCUGCAGCAGGCCAACUCUAGAAGGAUGGCAGAGAAAGAAUGCACUCAACGCUUUGGAAACAUCAAACAAGUUCUGUCCAAAGUGACUCCCAGCUUGUUGGAUGCCGUGAAAUCGAUUGGACUAGCCAUUGAUCUCUGCUCUUCCUUACCCUUGCGGGAGAGUAGCUUGGGACUUAUACCGAGGGCCUCCUCGACAUCAGAUGAUGAUUCCUUCAGGAUUAUGCAGAAAGCUGAUCAAGGGCAAGCUCAGCUCUCCUCGGCCAUUGAGAGUGCAGCCUCUCAUGUGAUGCAGGCAGCGGAUAGCACAGGGAACUAGCACAGAAUUGAUUCCAGAGUAUGGUAACUGUAAUAAUUGCUUCUUGAAUUUUCUUGUUUUGAAGAGAGUGUAUCACUAUGAUUUGAAGUACAUUUUAUUGGUUAUACCCCAAAAUAAACAAUUUUCUUAAAAACGAUAAACUGUCAUUGUGCCCCAUGAUGUCGUUGGGGCCAAUACAAUGAAUUCUAAAAGUGUCGUUUACAGGUUCAUGCUUAGGAUGUGGGAAUUAUUUUCAAAUAGUUUUUAAUAAAUGUAUAUUCAUGUUGUUCAUGCCUCCUAAGGUAGUUGUAGUUCCAAUUCCAGACGUCAGUCCACUCACCUGGAGCCACCAGUGAAGUGUUCCCGCACUAAAAAAAAAAAAAAAAAGCCGCGUCGCCGCACCAUUUUUGGGGCAAGCUCCAUACCAGGAACCGGAGACUUUUUUUGUGUGGCCUAAUCCAGCUCACAGUUAAAUAGUUACAUAUGUUAUGUUCUACAUGUAAACGUUAAAUUAGUUACUCCAUAUUGCUUUGUGUUAAUAAGAAAGCCACAAACAAUAAGAUGCUAGUGAUGCAAUCUACGUUGAAAGUGUAAAAAAAAUGUACAUUUAAAAAAAUGGUCACAUGCGGAGUUCCCCAAGGAUCCAUACUUGGGCCCCUCCUAUUCUCCAUUUAUAUUAACGAUUUUGUGAAAUCCUCUGAUAUUUUCUCAUUUAUUCUUUUCGCAGACGAUAGUAAUUUAUUUUACACACACCCUGACACUAGUGAGCUCUUUAAGACUGUUAACAAAGAACUAAGGAAUGUUUAUGAAUGGAUUAAGGCCAACAAACUGUCCCUAAAUAUUAACAAAACUCACUUUAUGUUUU